CAAUUUCACGGAACUACUUUCUCGGCGUGAAACUCCGAGAUUUUCAAUUUCAUUGUUAUCCCAUGUUGAUUAUUUAUCAUCGACCGCGAUAAUAUUUCAUUUUUCAUGAUCAUCCAAAGAUUCACGAAAUAAAAUAACUAAUAAUUAUUUCAUCCCGUUCUAAAAUAACUGUUUCAUCUGUCAGGGUGGGUUGUUCCAACUUCUAGUUCUUAUAAUUCUCUUCAUCACGUUGCUGCUACAAAUAUAAAAGUUUGCAUUUAUUCAAAUCUUUGACAACGUGUGUGUGUAAUAAAAACAUCUGGAACGUGCAUUUGUGUUGGAGAAGCAUGAACAUAACCUCACUUUCGUGACAAUCUGUGAAAUAUUGACGGAUGAAGAAUCCCGAAUCUGUAGCAAAGAACUAUAGAUAGAGCUUAUUCUUAUAAAUAAUGAGCAUAUUGUUGAAACUCUAGUAAUCUGAUAUACAUCAUUGAAUAAUUGAAAAAAUGAUCAAAGCCAUUUUGGUUUUUAACAAUCAUGGGAAACCCCGAUUGUCCAAAUUUUACGAAUACUUCAACGAGGACAUGCAGCAACAAAUAAUCAAAGAGACAUUCCAAUUGGUAUCGAAAAGAGACGACAAUGUGUGCAAUUUUUUGGAAGGUGGAAGUUUGAUCGGUGGAUCCGAUUACAAGCUAAUUUAUCGUCACUAUGCAACAUUGUACUUUGUUUUUUGCGUUGACAGCUCCGAAUCGGAGCUUGGAAUCCUCGAUCUCAUUCAAGUGUUUGUAGAAACAUUGGACAAGUGUUUUGAAAACGUUUGUGAGCUCGAUCUCAUAUUUCACGUUGACAAAGUGCAUUACAUACUCAACGAAUUAGUCAUGGGCGGAAUGGUGCUAGAAACGAAUAUGACAGAAAUUCUCACAAGGAUCGAGGAACAAAAUAAAUUGGAAAAACAGGAGGCAGGGAUCACAGCGGCGACAGCUCGCGCUGUAUCUGCGGUGAAGAACAUGAAUAUUCCGCAACAGAUAAAGGACAUGAAGCUUCCGGAUUUGCCGCAGGCAAUAAAGGAUCUCAAAUUCUGACCAGCCGUUACGUCAUUGGAACCGAGCUGACCGGGCCCUCCUCCAAUCGACAAUAUCGCCAGCAGAAAAGAUUCGACGUUUUCGUCUUCUGCGACCUCUUCCACUGCCUCCUCAUCCUCCUCGUCCUCUUCCUCGUGUUACGACGCUAUUCGUGAGAGUGAAAACGAGCCGAUGUUGACAGUGCUAAGUAAUACUUCGAAAUCGCGUCGUCCGAGCUACCGGAGUCGGGGCCUCGAAAUUCCAUUCAAUUGAAUAACAGUUUUGGGUGUUAAUUCAUCCAUUUUAUCUCGUCAACGAUCAAGGGAGUGUCCUUUCCAGCGUCACUCAAAAACUUUAUUUACCCCGCCCCCCCCCCCCCCACUCGCUCCCCCGGUUACAUUGAAUAUAUUCAAUGAAAACAAGGACCAACCAACGAGAUGCCAAAUACAUUCAGCACGACUCAAAUCCUCCGAUCCAGGGUCGUUUUAAAGCUACAAUUUAAAUAUUCACUGCAAAUUAUUAUCAUACUGUUAUUAUUAAUGAUAAAUUAAAUAAAAUUAAAUACUAUUAUGACAAUGAUAAACACAAAUGUCUUUUUUCAAAUUUACACUUAUUGUGUUAUUCAACGAGUUUGUAGAGAUAGUAAUCAAAGAAUUUCCUGCGCUGAGAAGUCUGUAAAUUACAAUAAAAUAUUCGAAGCGAUA